CGUCUAGAGGCAGCUGGUGUUGUUUUUGUGGUAAAUCGACGAAGAACAAUAAUAAAAAAGAAGAAUGAAAUAUGAAAAGCAACUUCCGUUUUCAACAGCGGGUGUCGCGUUCUGAAGUUCGCCUAAUGGAAGCAGACGACGGCGGGUUGAGUGUGACGCCCGCCAUAUCGGUGGGUGGAAAUGGAGUAAUUCGAAGUGACAGACAGUUGGUGUUGGCUGGGACGCAGCACAUUGUCCAUUUUUUUGUCGAAUAUGGACGGCGCUAUGACGGACGGCCUGUCAACUGAGGCGUCUGCUCGCCAUUUGGAGGAGGCAAAUGUUCCAGUACCUACAGUUCAGCAGACACAACAGCUUUGAAUGUCAUCUUCCUCUUAAUGCCUACAAUGAGCGAGCCAGUGAACCAAUUGGAUGGCGUUUUUGUCGGCGAAUGGUGAGAACCACGAGACUGUGAACCACGUGUGCGGAUGUGAUAUGUGACGAACAGGACAGAUACCUUCAACCUGUGAUGAGAGUAUUCCGAGGUGGUGGGAAGUGUUACUGACCACGAAUUGCGUGUGACUAGUGCCUCUGAGGAGCGGAGAGGUUCGCACGUGCGAUGCCAUUCAUCGAAGACGACUUGCUGUGGUGCCCAAAUACAGACGGCAAGAUGGUUGACCUCUCCUGCCUUGAUAGCGGACCAAAUGUGCUGUUGGAAGCCCCCCAGGGUGGUGGAAACAAUGAUGUGCUCGCUGAACUGAGCCAGCAGGACCUACAGGGACUGGCUGCAGAUGAAGAAGCAGAGUUGCUGCGACAGUUGGCUGACCCAACCUUUGAGAUUGAAGCCAUUUUUGCUGACUUUGAGCCUCAUGCAACACCUGUGGGUAUGACAUGCAUGGACGACAUAGGAUCACAGCAGACAGCAUGUCGCAAGAGAAGACGCCGGCGUAGUGAGGACCACUUUGGAAAUGGGGGGAUGGUAGUGCUGCCACCAUUUCACCAGGUGACAGUCAAAAUAGAACCAGGGACCAAUGGAACAGUGGGUAAUGGUGUGCACCAUGCCUGCAUAAAGACAGAGAAUCCACUCCAGACAUCAUGUGCAAGCCUGCCAGACAGCACUGGAGAUGUUGCCAGCACGCUCACCCAACUCACGCCAUUGGACACAAGUCCUCAAGAUGUACGUGUUGGCAGCCUGCUUGCCCGGUGCGAGCGAUCUCUGCAGCGAUGUGGUCCACAGCAGGACUCUAAGACGUUGCUGCUCCAAAACAUCCUUCAGCACCACCACCAAUCGGCCUACACAACUGCAACUACCCUCUCCAGUCUCUGCAACCCUUUGGUCUCGUGCAGCAGUUCGGGCUCCCUUCCUCCAAGUCCAGCGGACAGUGGUGUGUCCGACGUGGACAGUAGCAGUGGCACACUCAGCAACGAUGAGUCAAAGGCAAGGCUGCAAAGCACCCCUGUUCCACCUCCUUUAACCCCGGAAUCUCCGAGCCCGAGUAGCCUGGGUUAUGUGCCUCCUUACUGCCAGACGUCGCACUCCCAGCAGCACUACACCAACAGGCCACCUACAUAUGCUGAACUGCAACACCUGUACCCUCCCCAGGCCCAUUACCGGCCUCUUCUGGGAGGAAGUGGUUCUAACAUGUCUCACACCACUGCCACAACUAGUUCCACCAGUGCAAGUCCUACCUAUAUGGAGUCCCAUCAUAAAGCCUCUACGAUACAGCCUUUUCAUCACCAGCAGUCCCAUCACCAGAGCCUCCACCUCCAGUCCCACACACAGCAGCAGCAUCAACCCCAGGGCAACUCGAGCCUCAAUGGCACUGUACCUCUGGCCCUGACCCAACGCACACCUUUAAGCCUGCACUCAGCAGGGGGCAUCCCAACAUCAGUCAUAACACCAACAGCUCAUGGUGCUGAAGAUGCUGGAUACUUUGCAGAAGAUCUCUCCUUCCAACCACCUUCUAAAAAGAAAGAAUUCCCUUCCGCAGUUGGUCGCAAACCAAAAACAAUGAGCAUGGAAGGAGGUGGCCCUGGAGGUCUGAAGCGCAAAAGCAGAGAAGGCUCAACCACAUACCUCUGGGAAUUUCUUCUGAAGCUGCUACAAGACAAGGACUACUGUCCGCGAUACAUCAAGUGGACCCACCGCGAGAAGGGUGUCUUCAAGCUGGUUGACUCCAAGGCUGUCUCACGACUCUGGGGGCUACACAAGAAUAAGCCCGACAUGAACUACGAGACCAUGGGACGUGCCCUCAGGUAUUACUACCAGCGGGGCAUCUUGGCCAAGGUUGACGGACAGCGCUUGGUAUACCAGUUUGUUGACGUACCCAAGGACAUCGUUGAGAUCGAUUGUUCCGGAGCGUGACGUGGAGGCGCUUCGAUGGUGGACAUUUCCACAAGCAUUCCACCGCCGCUGCGGGUUCACUCCGGUGUUCAGUGUGCCUGUGAUGUGAGAACGGACCAUUGGCGGCCACCAAGAUCUGAGACACUGCAGAAAUGGGGAGGUGACAAUGAUACUGUCGACCUGAAAUGCUGCUCUCACAGUACCAGUUGAGAAACUUAGCAAGGCCGGUGAUGGAAAUGCAGCCCAGUUUCGCUGGUCUCAUAAGAGCGGAAGAUUUCCAGCAUGCCAACCUCCCAGAUUGGUCUCCAGAUCCUUACACCUGUGCGCAGUGAGCACGAACUAUGUUGCACAAAAACGUCCGUCUACGUGUCUGUGUCCAGUACUGUCCGGUUCAAGAACAUCCAAAAAGACGAGCAUCGACUCCAUGACGUUAUGAGGACUUUGAAAUUCUGGCUGAGGCAGCACCACGUAGAGCAGCACUUAUACAAUCUUGUAGGACUCUGCUGAAUGUCUUGACUUUGCAGCAUCGGAGAAAGGUGUUUAGAUUUGGGUAAUUUAUUUUUGAGUGGCUCUCGUUCGAUGAGAUAGACUCUGCCUGAAAGUGUGCUUUUCUCACAUGAAUGUCUCUUUUGACUGGUGAGAUGCUACAUGUACACAUCAAUAUAUGGAUAUUAUAUAUAAAAUGGUAUAUUAAGAAUAUUAUACAGGUUCGUUUAUGUAUCGGAGGGCUAUCCAAGUGUCCUAAGUACCUGUAUAAUGGGUGAACAGUCACCAUCUCAAGGAGCAGUUGACAGUGACAGAUUGCCCGUUCUAGAAGAUGCGUACACAGAAGCUCGCUGGCCUUAUUGUUGAAAAAGCAUGUGUCAGUCUUGUGCCGGUUGUGUAUUUGCUUGUUCUGAAAGAUGCUGUAAAUACGUGCUGCAGACAAACAAGUGUGCAUUUUGGAAAAAAGAGACUAUAUCAGAGUAUUUUUAUGGAGAGGUGAGCAGAUUAAAAAUGUCCACCACGUGACCUUGAGGUGGAGGUACUGAAAUACUACACUUGUCCGAAUUGAGAUUGAAUAAAAAAAAACAAAACACCUACACACCUAGAAAAAAUACCUCAGAGGAGCAUAAAGGUGCUUUUUAACAGAUGCUGUUGAUGUUGUUAGCGUAACCUGCCUUCAUAUCCAUCCUAUGUUUCUGAACAUAAUCAGAUAACCCACUUGGUACUAACAAUUACCACUCAAUGCUUGGCCCCAUAGUUAGAAACAUCCCUCUCACAGCAGCAUUCCGAAAUCUGAGUGCAGGAGAAAUAUGUCAAUAUGCCGUCCCUAAUUGCAGUACACAAUCUGCCAUUUAGAUAACAUAUUUUAAAGCACAACGGAGGCACAGAACAAGAAUAGACUUUUGCUAAAUGUUUGUACCUCUCAAGAUGGCUACUUUAGUAUGACAGAGGAGCGCUUAAGGUGUUGUUUUGUACUUUCUUUCAGUUGGGGUACGUUCCAGAGUUUAUCCAGCCGUAAAAAGCAAAUAAAGCUAUAUAUUAAUGGUUGAUGUACAUAAUCUCAAAUAAUUAAGGUAUGUGUUCAUAUAUUACAUCUGCAAAGACCUGCAGCUUUUCAGAUAGGUGAUGUCGCUGUCCAGUGAUUUUAAGCAGAUACUUCGUUCAUCGCAAGCUCUUUAUAUGGCUCGAGUUUAGUGAAGAUAUAGUUUCAUGUCAACAUUGGUUAUGUGUUAUUAACAAAUUUGAAAUCAACCAAUUGACAAGCAGUUUGGAUGACUACAUUUAAGGGCUUCGGUUGAACGGAGUAUCUACUGUUUGUUUUUCAGACAAGCAACCCUGUAUAUAAUGAUUGAUGUAUAUUGGAAAAGGGUACUGUACAUUUUGUUGAUGCUUCAGAAGUCACAAAGUCAUACACCAUUCUCUACUUAAUAACAUCUCUGGAAGACCAAUUCAGCCUUACAUAACUUGUCUCUGGUGCUUUCUUGGGUUGAUGUUUCACUUCUUGGUUCUCCCAUUGUUCAAAAAAGAUAAUGUACAAAAGAUUGUUUGUUGUUGGCAUCGUGGAGCAUGCUACAGCUCUCUCUGUUGUGACAAAGUAAGGUACAUAAAAGUACCUCAUGAGAUUUCACAUUGUUUUUUAACGAAUAUUUCCAUGUGUCGUGCUUUGUACAUACAUGCCCAUGAUGUCUUAAUAAAUAUUAUAUGUACUAUCUGAGAAUUC